AUCCCACUCUCUCUUCUUUUCUCUCGGUGGACUGGCCUCCAUCCCCACUCUCUCCCACCCACUACCUUUCGCUUGUUUCCCUGGCUCACACGCUGGCUUGAGUGCUCGACCAUCUGCUGCACCUCUCCGUGCCAUGGCGAUGGAUCUGAUGCUAGGAAUAACUAUUCUCUCCUUAUUCUUCCACUUAUCCUCCUCUGCCUUCACCGACAACAAUUCCUCCUUCCUCGCCUGCGGCUCGACCUCCACCAUCAGCCUCACCUCCGACAACCCCCCUCGCGGCUUUAUUCCCGACUUCGGCUUCCUCAUCUCCAAAUCCAAGUCCCUCGCCCUCUCCAACCCCAGCGCAUCCUCCAACUCCCCCACUCUCUACGCCGCAGCUAGGGUCUUCACGGAGCCCUCCAGUUAUCAAUUCAAGUUCGACUCCCAGGGUCUCUAUGUCCUCCGCCUCCACUUCUUCCCCUUCUCCGCCCAAAACCACGACCUCGCCACCGCCCGCUUCAACGUCUCCGCCCUCGACCGUUUCCUCCUCCUCGCCGACUUCGGCGUCCCAAACACACAAAUCCCCAUCAUUAAGGAGUACCUGCUCUGGGUGGACACCGGCGAGAUCACAAUCACCUUCACCCCCAAUUCUAAUUCCGGCACAUCUUCGUUGGCCUUCGUCAAUGCUAUCGAGGUCUUUACGGCACCCACCAUGCUUAUUGGGAACAUCAACCAAACACAAGAUCAGGCCAUGGAAACCGUAUACAGGAUCAACGUGGGAGGCCCAAAAGUUACGCCGGCUAACGACACCCUCUGGAGAACCUGGGUUCCCGACGACGACUACCUCUUAUCCAAGGACUUAUCGGUGGAGAGCAGCACGAAAAGUAUCACGUACUCGGCCCAAGAUAGCCCUGAAGUCGCGCCCCCGUUCAUCUACGAGACGGCACGAUCGAUGAACAAAAGCUCUAUGAACUCGAACCCCGGUUUCAACUUCAACAUAACCUGGAGUUUUCCGGUCACUCCCGGCUACACUUAUUUUAUCCGGCUGCAUUUCUGUGAUAUCGUAUCGCAGACGUUCACUACCCUCUACUUCGACGUCUACAUCGGCGACAAAUUUGCGUACCCAGAUCUCCAUCCAGCUGACUUCACAGAUAACCUUGCCGAAGCUUUCUUUCGGGACUUCACCUUGGACGGUCCGACCUCGCAGCAGGUCCUGAACGUUAGCAUCGGCCGGUCGGUUGAGAAGACCACCCCGCUGACGGCCAAUGCCAUACUGAACGGGCUCGAGAUCAUGAAGGUGAACAACAGCGUCGGCAGCCUCAACGGAACCUUCAACCCUGGCUCAGUCGCUAGCCAAGACAAUAAGAAGAAUAGCGUUUCUCUAGCUGUUCUGAUUCCAUGCAUUGUUGGUGGUGCUCUGCUCAUUAUCUUAGCCAUCACCGCGUUGCUGUUGUGCAAGAAACGUCGGCCAAAGCCUGCGACGAAGCCAAAGCAGAGUCCGGUCUCGUGGUCGCCGUACCGGACCGGCGUUGCCGAUUCCAUCGGCCUUUCGAGCAAGUUCACCGACGGAACGGCACCAAACGCCUCCCCCAACUUUAAUCUGGGUCUCCACAUCGCCUUCGCCGAAAUCAAAGCAGCGACAAACGAUUUCGACGAGAAGCUUGUUAUCGGUACCGGUGGAUUCGGAAAGGUCUAUAGGGGAACUCUGACGGAUGGCACCCGGGUUGCAGUGAAGCGAGGAAUGCCGGGGUCGAAGCAGGGAUACCCAGAAUUCCAGACGGAGAUCAUCGUCCUGUCGCAAAUUCGCCACCGCCAUCUUGUGUCCCUGAUCGGGUACUGCGACGAGCGGUCCGAGAUGAUCCUAGUCUACGAAUAUAUGGAGAAAGGGCCGCUGAGGAGAUGCCUGUAUGGCUCUGACUUGCCAUGCCUCUCAUGGAAGCAGAGGCUGGAGAUAUGCAUCGGCGCGGCCAGGGGCCUCCACUACCUCCACACGGGCUACUCGCACAACAUCAUCCACCGAGACGUCAAGUCCACCAACAUCCUUCUCGGGGAGAACUACCUGGCGAAGGUCUCCGACUUCGGGCUCUCCAGGCUGGGGCCUUCCUACGGGGAAACUCAUGUCAGCACCAUGGUCAAGGGAACAUUUGGCUACCUGGAUCCUGAGUACUUCAAGGUCCAGAAGCUCACGGACAAGUCUGAUGUGUAUUCUUUUGGGGUGCUGCUCUUUGAGGUGCUCUGCGCGAGGCCGGUGAUCGACCAGAGACUGGACAGGGACCAGCUCAACCUGGCGGAGUGGGCGCUGAAUUGGCAUCGGAGAGGCCAGCUCGAGAAGAUCAUCGACCCCAGGCUGGAGGGCAAGAUCAACAGCAAUUCCCUGAAGAAGUUUGGUGAAACAGCGGAGAAGUGCCUCGCCGAGUACGGCGUCGAUCGGCCUACGAUUGGGGAUGUGCUCUGGAACUUGGAGUAUGCUCUCCAGCUACAGGAGACGGAGUUGAAGAGGGAGCCCUUUGAGGAUAGUGUUAAUACGGACUCGCAGAUCCCGGUGGCAGCAGUUGGAGGGGCACCUUCGACUAGCAUAUCGAUCGAUGGAGAUAGUAAUGGAAUGACGGGGAUGAGUGAAAGCACCUCAGACAUGAUAACGACGACCAACGUCUUCUCCCAGUUGAUCACUGGUGAAGGCAGAUGAAUGGGAUUGGUUUCCAGUGGGAAUUUAUCAGUUAUAUCGUUCCAGUUUAGAACAAUAUUAGUGAAAUUAUAUAAUUGUAUGAUGGUAUCGAUGCAUUGCAUCCCUCGCAUUUCCUAUAAAGUAUCUUUCAAUGAUUUCAGAACCUUUUUUUUUCUUUUUUUGGAAGUUUAAUUGGUCUUUGUACUAUGGUUCUCGUGUAACCACUUACAUGAAUAAAAUAUAUUGCUGAUGAAAUUGAUAA